AUGAUCGCUGAAAUCAUUGGCCUUUUAAUCCUUCUUGUGGCUGUUUAUAUCGCGUCCACAAUUUGGCAACUCCGAUGUUUUCCACCUGGUCCUUUCCCGCUACCUCUGGUUGGGAAUCUUCUUUCGAUCGAACAAAACAGACCUUAUGCAGCUUUAGCAAACAUGGCGAAAAAGUAUGGAAAAUUGGUCCGAAUCCACAUGGGGAGAAGAAAAAUUAUUGUAAUCAAUAGUUACGAAAUUGCAAGAGAAGCGCUUGUCACAAAAGCAGAGGAUUUUGCCGGACGACCUCGACAUUUCUUCGGUAACAUUUUUGGUCGAGAUUGUACAGAUAUUGUGUUCCAAACUUUUAACAAGACAUGGAAGAAGCAGCAUAAACUUGCUUUAUCAGCUCUGCGACUAGCCGAGGCAAAAGCCAACAUGACUGAUCAUGCAGAAAGGUUAUGCAUCAGAUUUCGGUCCUUUGAUGGAAAGCCAUUUUAUCCUCACGAUUUAGUUUUCAAUUCUUUAGCCAAUUGCCUUUCGUCUCUAAUUUUUGGCGAAGAACACAAACUUGAUGAUUGUGAAAUAAAAAAGCUUGUGAACGCCACUCAUGUUUUUCGUGAUUCUCUCGGUGCUGCUAAUUUGCUCGACACUUUCCCAGUGUUGAAGUAUAUUCCAUUUAACAUCAUCAAGAAAGCUAAGCGCACUGGUGAAAUCCGCGAUGAAAUUUUUGAAAGGAAAUUUGGGGAACAUGUUUCGACCUUUCAAGAGGAUAAUAUCCGUGAUUUGAUGGAUGCCAUGCUGAAGGGCUUCCACGAAUUGGCCGACGAUGGUUUGGUUACAAAGAAGCAUGUAAUUUCAAGGUAGGAUGCAUUGUUCUCAACUUCUGUUCAGGUGUUUCUGAGAGGAUCAUACUAAUAGAGUUUUGAAUGUAAGGGUGGUAAGCUAUUUAGCAAUACGGCAAAAAAAAAAAAAUAUCAUUACACAAUAUAAAGAAUUUAGUUGAUUCUCUUAUGGUCGCGUUUUGCUUUGUUCUUAGUUAUCGUUUAGGCGUUUAGAGAAUCUAAUCACAAUAGGAUAAUAUGCUCAGGAAUGCGCAAUUGUCUUUUGUUACAAAGAAAACAAGUGAUUUACAUAGUGCGGAGAACUUUGUUGAGUGAAAGUAUGAAAGACACAGAAAGAAUGUUUUGCCGGCGGCUGUAAUUAUAUAAUUUACCUGACUCCUUAGGGACCUCUGACGUAGUCAUAACGGCGACCACAAGGAAAGCUUUGAUUAGAAUUGAAUUGAAAGCUGUUUAUAGUUUUACGAGUUAUUCGAAGAAGACUUAAUCGUCUUUAUCAAUGGCAUUAGAACUCCUCUUAUGUGUAACGGGUAAAGUCGAGGAUGAGUACCAAGAAGAAAUGUGAAUGAUAUGCUGUCGAGGUUCUCGUUAUCGGACAAAGCAAAAUUAGGUGAUUUCAUGUUCCCUUAUAAGAUGCAUCCAGGAAAUCCAGAUGAUAUUCGCUUUUGUCGCCUUCAGCUUUUGCAUUUUGGCGUCAAACCUCAAAAAGGUUGAUGACGCAAUUUGCAUUUUCUUUCAAUGAGCAAAAUUAAUACAACAGGCACGCUUCAAUGCACUGCUUUACUUCUUUACUUACUGAGUUUCGUAAAAAACGAAAACCAGUGUAAUUACAAGGGCCAAUCAGAGCCAAGAAAAAUAUUACAACAAACCAAUGAGAACUCCAAGUGAAAGCAAGCAAACAGCCUAAAGGGGGAGGGGGGGGGAGGGGAAACACGAGAAUCGUGAUUUGUUCCAUGAUGGUAAUUGAACUGAGUGGGGAGCAAUUUAGUCUGAAAUUAUACACGUGAUUUGAAAUCACAAGUAUGACUGCAAGCCAUAAUUGUACGACACGAAGUUAAAUUAGCACUUUAUUACAAUCAUUUUGAAAUCACAACAUUCAGUUUCUCAGAUACAAGAUUUUUGAGUCUGCUCAAAAGUUUUAAUAAUCCAGUAGUGAGCUGCAGGUUUGUUGAAAGUUGCAAAAGUUGCUUUAAUUUCAUUUUGCUGCAAUUUAAUUGGUUUCUUCAGACAAGCGAUUGAUUGUUACAUUUUAGUAAAGUUUCAUUAUUAGCUGGGAAAAAGAUGCGAUUUAAAACAAAAAAUGGUGCGGUUCGUGAAUAAAUCCACGCCAUUGAGAGCCUAUUAGAUCACAAGGAUUGCCAGUAAUUUCAAAAUGGAUGCAAUUAAGUUUAGUUUUAAUCUGAUUGGUGAAGCAGGUUGCGCCAAUUUGUGCCGUAUCUUGACGGGCCAGCAAGGCGAGUCAAAAUACGAAAAAAGAAUAAAAAUCCUCACCGAUACUACACACCAAAACGUCUAGUAAAUUAUUUAUUAUCUAACUGCUUUAUUUUAUGCGCAGCUCUUAAAAAGUUGAAAGGCAAAGCAGAUAGAGAAGCGUAGCGCGCAGCUGACCGGUGAGACAUAGUUUUGUUACUGUACAAAAUAACCAACUUUCCAAUAUCGCAGGAUAUCUUUACUCGAUUCGCACGCUAUUUGAACUCUUCUUAGAGCAGUUGGAUAAUAAUAAUAACAAUAAUCCAAUAUCAAUCUUUGGACGUAAUGAAAUAACAUUUAAUUCACUGCUGAUUUUUUAUUUUGUGCAAACAUAACCAUGAUUUUCAUCCUUUACAGCGCAUCUGACUUCUUUUUUCCUGGCACUGAAACUUCCUCCAGUGUUAUCACGUGGGCCCUAUAUUACGCCAUUAAAUACCCGGAUGUGCAGGCCAAGCUCCAUUGUCAGUUGGAUUACGUCAUAGGCAGCCCAAAUCGCCUGCCGGAAAUUUCUGACAAACCAAAUUUGCCUUAUUUAAAUGCAUUUAUCACCGAGGUUCUCCGUAUUGUGAGUGAAACUCCUCUCGCUGUUCCCCACUCAACAACUCGAGACACGUCCCUCGCUGGAUUUAAGAUCCCUCGGGACACGACUGUGUUUAUUAAUCUCUGGGCCAUACACCAUGAUCCCGAUAUCUGGGUCGACCCAUUCAGCUUCCGCCCAGAGCGCUUCUUGGACGAAAACGGUCAACUGCACGUGGAAGGCGUCAUGUCAUUUUCAGCAGGAAAACGGUCAUGCACAGGAGAGUCUUUUGCGAGGAAAGCAGUUUUCUUGUAUCUUGCCCGAUUGUUAAGCAGAUUCAGAUUUGAGUGCCUCGAGGGAACAACAUUACCUAAAGAAGAAGAAAGCGUGUUCGGAAUCGUGCUUGAUUGUAAGCCCUUCCAGAUGCAUGCCAUACCCAGAGACAAGGACGAAAAGUAA